ACCCUUCACAGGGCUUCACCGGCAAUGUCUGGAUCUACUCAACCUGUGGCCCAGAGCUGGCGGCCAACUGAACCUCGGUACCCACCUCACGCCAUGUCCUACCCAGUGGCAAUAACUCAACCGCACAUGGAUGUCGGGCUCUUGGAAUACCAGCACCAUGCCCGAGAUUAUCCUUCCCACCUCCCCCCUGGGUCUAUUUUGCAGCCACAGCGGAGAAGGCCGUCCUUGUUAUCGGAAUUCCAGCCAGGAAAUGAAAGGUCUCAGGAGCUGCACGCCAGAGCCGAUGCACAUGCCUACCUGUCCGACCUGAGCAAACAGUCGGAAAUGGAGUACCUCGAGACCAAACGCCCCCGGCUGGAGCUGCUGCAAGACCCCCUGAUGAGGCACUCUCCUCUGCUCAACCAGAGUCAGCAGGGAGGGACAGAGGAUCUCUCAAAGGAUCGAGGGAUAACUGGAAAGCUGGAACCGGUUUCUCCUGUCAGCCCUGCCCAUCCCGACUCCGAGCUGGAUCUCUUACCCUCGCGGCUGUCCAAGGAGGAGCUGAUCCAGAACAUGGACCGGGUCGAUCGCGAAAUCACCAUGGUCGAACAGCAGAUUUCCAAGCUGAAAAAGAAACAGCAACAGCUGGAGGAGGAAGCAGCGAAGCCCCUGGAGCCGGAGAAGCCGAUCUCACCGCCGCCAAUCGAGUCCAAGCACCGCAGCCUGGUCCAGAUCAUCUACGACGAGAACCGGAAAAAAGCAGAAGCUGCUCACAGGAUAUUGGAAGGGCUGGGACCGCAGGUGGAACUGCCUCUGUACAACCAGCCUUCAGACACCAGGCAGUACCAUGAAAACAUUAAAAUAAACCAGGCAAUGCGGAAGAAGCUGAUUUUAUACUUUAAGAGGAGAAAUCAUGCUCGUAAACAGUGGGAGCAGAAAUUUUGCCAGCGCUAUGACCAGCUGAUGGAAGCCUGGGAAAAGAAAGUCGAGCGUAUCGAGAACAACCCGCGGCGCCGAGCCAAGGAGAGCAAAGUGCGCGAAUACUAUGAGAAGCAGUUCCCGGAGAUCCGGAAGCAGCGGGAACUGCAGGAGCGCAUGCAGAGGGUAGGACAGAGGGGCAGCAGCCUCUCCAUGUCUGCGGCGCGCAGUGAACACGAGGUGUCAGAAAUUAUUGAUGGGCUCUCGGAACAAGAGAAUCUGGAGAAGCAGAUGCGCCAGCUCGCUGUCAUCCCCCCCAUGCUCUACGAUGCCGACCAGCAGCGCAUCAAGUUCAUCAACAUGAAUGGCCUCAUGGACGAUCCCAUGAAGGUCUACAAGGACCGGCAAGUGAUGAACAUGUGGAGCGAGCAGGAGAAAGAGACCUUCAGGGAAAAGUUCAUGCAGCACCCAAAGAACUUUGGCCUCAUCGCUUCCUUCCUAGACAGGAAAACGGUGGCAGACUGCGUCCUCUACUAUUACCUGACCAAAAAGAACGAGAAUUACAAGAACCUGGUGAGGAGGAAUUAUCGGCGGCGUGGGAAGAACCAGCAGCAGCAGCAACAGAUGCCCCGUAGCAGCCAAGACGAAAAAGAUGAAAAAGAGAAGGAGAAAGACAUGGAAAAGGAAGAAGAUAAGCCAGAAGCCGAAAACGACAAAGAGGAACUGACAAAGGAGAAGAAUGACGAUACCUCCGGCGAGGACAACGACGAGAAAGAAGCCGUGGCGUCCAAAGGGCGCAAAACCGCCAACAGCCAGGGCCGCCGCAAAGGGCGCAUCACCCGCUCGAUGGCCAGUGAGGCCAACCACGAGGAGGUGGCUGUUCCCCAACAGAAUGCGGAGCUGGCCUCUCUGGAGAUGAAUGAAAGUUCUCGUUGGACAGAGGAGGAAAUGGAGACCGCGAAGAAAGGUCUUCUUGAACAUGGACGCAACUGGUCAGCCAUUGCCAGAAUGGUGGGAUCCAAAAGCGUUUCGCAGUGUAAGAACUUCUACUUCAACUACAAGAAAAGACAGAACCUGGAUGAAAUUCUACAGCAGCACAAACUGAAAAUGGAGAAAGAAAGGAACGCCAGGAGAAAAAAGAAAAAAAACCCUGCUGUCCAUAACGAGGAAGCAGCCUUCCCGCCAGCAGCCGAAGACGAGGAGAUGGGUCAGGAUGGUUCGGGCACCAGUGGCAACGAAGAGGAGAUGGCUGAGGAGGCAGAAGUUGCAGUAAAUAACAGCUCCGAUACAGAGAGUCUUCCUUCGCCCAGACCUGAAGUCAAAGAAAACACAGAAAAUGGGCCCAAACCGACCCCUGAGUCCAGAACCGACGUCGAAGAACCACCCAUGGUCAAGAUGGAGGACGCCCCUUGUUCCCCAGCAGCCGACACCACGCCCCCUGAUACCCAGUCGCCUGCGGAGGCAUCCGCCGAGCCAGCCUGCAGCGAAGAGAAGCCACAGGAGGAAUUAACGGUGGACGUGGUGAAAACAGAGGAGCCGGAGGAAAAGCCCAAGAGCCCAGAGCCAAACCAGGGCAAUGUUAAAAUGGAGGAAGGGGAGGACCCCCAGGACAAGGACAAGGUGGACGACGCGCCAACUGAGGAGGGCCACAGCAACAGCGACGUGGCCGUGGGGGGCGAAGGGGCACCCAAGGCCGAAAAGGAGAACCACAAAACUGGGAAAACCGGAGGGGCCAAUCCCGACAGCGACUCCAGUGCCACGUGCAGCGCAGAUGAGAUGGAUGAACAUGACGCUCCAGACAAAAACAAGUUGUUGUCCCCCCGGCCCAGCCUCCUCAACGCGACCCACGACGCCCGAGCCUGCUCCUCGCCUCAGAAGCCACUGGACCUGAAACAGCUGAAGCAGAGAGCCGCUGCUAUCCCGCCCAUUAUAUCGGACAGUUUGCUGGAGGGAGCCUUGCAGAGCGGAAGCGCGAAGCCUCAGGUGCCUCAUCACGCAUUGGCCCUCUACCAGCAGCAAAUCACUAAAGCCCACGAGUCCUCCCAGGAGGACCCGGCACAGAGCAAGCCAGGUCCGCCCCAGCAGCUGGCCGAAAAGGAGCCUCUGCCCAGCAGCAGCCCCAGGGCCCAGAGCGCGAGCCCGACGGCGGUGGACAAAGAAGAGAAGCCGAUGCAUUUCACCUCCCUUCCAGAAGGACAGAAGCUGAGCGGAGAGCCUGCCGUCACAACUUGCUGGCCCCCGGUGCAUCCCUACCAAGGGCCCUCACGGGAUGUGAUCAGAACCUCUCCGCAUACUGAGCCCCACGUAUUUCAGUAUAACCCCCCAGGUCACCCCAUCCCCUUGAACGUGCAUGAAAGUUCUCGGCCCGGACUCCAAAGACUGUCGGCCAUCUCCAACCCUCCCCCUCUCAUUUCUACCAAGCAUCCUUCCAUUCUUGAAAGACCCCUUGGCUCUGUUUCCCAGGGAGUGCCUCUCCAGCUCCACACUCCGUUCAGCUCCGAGCAUGCAAAAGUUCCCAUCGGGUGUAUCGCUAUGGGCCUACCGUUGACGAUGGACCCCAAGAAGCUGGUGCCUUUCCCAAGCGUGAAGCAGGAGCAACUCUCUCCCCGGAGCCAGGCGAGCCAGCCUGAAAAUCUGGUUGUGCAGACAUCACAAGAGAGUUCAGUCCUUAGAGGAGCGUCAUUGGGCUCGUUGUCGGGAGGAAGCAUCACAAAAGGCAUCCCCAGCACGAGGCCGCUGCCGGAGUCCCCCAUCACCUAUCGAGGAUCCAUCACGCACGGCACCCCAGCCGAAGUGCUGUACAAAGGAACCAUUACCAGGAUAAUCGGAGAAGACAGCCCGAGCCGAGCGGAGAAAGCGAGAGAGGAUGGUUUGCCAAAAGGGCACGUCAUUUACGAAGGGAAGAAGGGACAUAUCUUGACCUAUGAUGGUGGCGUCACUGCUGUGCAGUGCCCCAAAGAGGAGGUCAGAAGUGCCGUAGCCCCGCACGAGACCACUGGCACCAAACGGACCUAUGACAUGAUGGAAGGAAGGGUCCCACGGGGCUUGUCCGGGCGUGACCUUUCGUCCGCUAGCAUAGAAGGUCUGAUGGGCCGAGCCAUCCCGCCGGACAGGCACAGUCCCCUCAACUUAAAAGAACCACAUCACAUCCGGGGCUCCAUCACACAAGGAAUUCCUCGAUCCUAUGUGGAGGCCCCCGAGGACUACCUCAGAAGAGAAGCCAAACAGCUCAAGAGGGAAAGCACGCCGCCGAGGGACUUCUCCGAUGCCUACAAGGUCAGGCCACACGAGAGCCUCGCCCCUUUGAAAAUGAAAUCAGCUCACGAAGGCCUCGUUGCCACAGUGAAGGAAGCAGGGAGGUCGAUCCAUGAGAUUCCCAGGGAGGAGCUGAGACGGACGCCCGAUCUCCCUCUGACGAGACCUCUGAAGGAAGGCUCUAUCACCCAGGGUACCCCGCUGAAAUAUGACAGCAACGCAUCAGCAAGUGCCAAAAAGCAUGACGUCCGAUCCAUUAUUGGCAGCCCAGGGGGGACUUUCCACCCCAUGCAUCCCCUGGAUGUCAUGCAGGACCCGAGGACUCUGGAAAGAGCUUAUGAGGAGAGUUUGAAAGGCAGACCUAGCCCAGUGACGAAUUCCAGUGGAUCCAUCACAAGGGGGUCCCCCGUGAUUGUGCCUGAGCCCGGGAAGCCCCGACACAGCCCGAUGACCUACGAGGACCACCAGGCAGCCCACGGGGCGGCCUUCGGCAGCCACUUACACCGCGGGUCACCUGUGUCCACGAGGGAGCCAACGCCGAGGCAGCAUGAAGGAAGCAUCUCUGCCGGCAAGCCUGUAUCCCAGGACAGAAAGCUCACCCCGACGCCACGAGAAAUCGCCAGUUCCAAGUCUCCUCACGCCACCCUCGUGGAUCACCAUCAUCCCAUGUCUCCCUAUGAGCACUUGCUCCGGGGAGUGAGCGGCGUGGACUUGUACAGGGGACAUAUUCCGUUGGCCUUUGACCCUACAGCUAGGGGAAUCCCCCUGGAAGCAGCUGCUGCUUACUACCUGCCAAGGCAUCUUUCUCCCAGCCCGACAUACCCCCAUCUCUACCCUCCGUACCUCAUCCGUGGCUACCCGGACACGGCUGCCAUGGAGAACCGGCAGACCAUCAUCAACGACUACAUCACCUCCCAGCAGAUGCACCACAACGCCGCAGCCACCGCCAUGGCCCAGAGGGCAGACCUGCUGCGUGGCCUGUCCCCACGAGAACCCUCCCUGGCACUCAACUAUGCAGCAGCAGGAAUAAUUGACCUGUCUCAAGUGCCACACCUGCCUGUGCUCGUGCCUCCCACCCCUGGCGCCUCCGCUGCCUCCAUGGAUCGGAUCGCGUACAUCCACAGCGCGCCCCAGGCCUUCAGCGGUCGACACAGCAGCUCCCCGCUCUCCCCAGGAGGCCCUACACACCUGACCAAACAGACAGGACAUUCGGUUUCCGAACGGGAGCAAGAACGAGACCGUGAACGGGAGCGUGAAAAAGAGCGCAAGAAAUCCGUCUUGCAAGCCACGAGCACCGUGGAGCAUGCCCCUAUCUGGAGACCAGGUACAGACCAGAGCAGCGGCCGUUCGUCCACGCACUCUCACAACCACAAACACUCCCCCAUCUCGCCUCGCACCCAGGAGAACAUCCAGCAGCGCCCCAGCGUGCUGCACAACACAAACAUGAAGAUCAUGUCUUCGGAAAGCCUUACCCCAUCGGUUCUGCGAUCCUCCGCCGCCGCUACCACGUCACCAGUCCGCUCCUCAGGCUUCUCUGCGGCAUCCACGUUGCGUGGCCCUGUCAGCGGCAUGGACACCUACUCCCCCAUGAUGGACUCUGCCCAUGCCCACAAGGAGGCCUCUCGGCCCCAAGAUGCCAAAACAGAACGCCCCCCGGCCGACAACAACAUGUUCGCCUCUAAGCUGUCUGCCGGGAUGGGCCCAGAACAGUCGUCUUCGCCCAUGAAAGCCAUGGAGGCCAGGCCGGUGCCCUCCUCCAGGACGGGGCCUACACACCCGUACGGCAGAGGACAGGGAAAAAACACGCCGCACCACCAUUCCCCCCUGGACCAGUCGCUUCACGCGGGGCCCACCAGUGAGCAGCUCGGUAGAGAAAAGAGUCUGAGUAAAAGCUUUUCAGUACAGGAGCAGGAGCUCCGAGCACUCGGUAAGACCACCAUGACAGCGGCCAGCUUCAUAGAUGUGAUUAUCAUGCGUCAAAUUUCUUGCGAUAAGGGGAAGCGAGAAAGAAGCUCGCUAAGUAACGACGCCAAUAGCGAUGGUUUCCACGGAGGUUACAGCCCCGACGGCGUUGAAGCAAUAAGCCCCGUGAAUUCCCCCAGCAUGCCACACGAGAAAGGGACAAAGUUGCCCCAGGAUAUGGAGAGGGGGCGCGGAGAGCACGACCUGCGGACAAAGCAGCCAGGCCCCCUCAAGCCUUCUGCCGCCGAAAUCUCUCACCUGCAGCAGCUCCACCAGCUCCCCGAUGGUCGGCAGUCGCCGUUACAGGGAUCACAAAAUGCCAAAGGAAACCAGCGGGUUGUCACCUUGGCUCAGCACAUCAGCGAGGUGAUCACGCAAGAUUACACGCGGCACCAUCCCCAACAGCUCAACUCCCACAUCCAGUCGCCAGUGUACUCCUACCCGGGAGCUCCGUGUCCUGUGCUGGACCUCCAGCGGACUCCCAACAAUGCUUACCCCCAGCAGCUGGAGCACCUCCCCAUCUCCAGAAUCUCUCCAGAGAUCGAAGGAUGCAAAAGGUCUCCAGAGCCCCUUAAAGCACCUGCUUCCGACAACUGCAUAGAGCCCGUCUCUCCACCAGAGGGAAUGGGAGAGCCCGAUCCGUUGCGGAAUGCCACGUAUCCCAUCCUGUAUCGAGAAGGGGAACAGCUGGAUCAGAGGAUGGGCUCCAAAUCCCCCGGGAACAACGUGCAGCCCCCAGCCUUCUUCAGCAAGCUGACAGAAAGCAAUUCCGCCAUGGUGAAAUCCAAGAAGCAAGAAAUGAUCAAGAAGCUGAGCACAAACAACAGGAGCGAGGCGGAGUAUAAUAUUGGACAACCUGGAACAGAGAUUUUCAACAUGCCAGCCAUUACUGGAACAGGGUUAAUCAGUUGUAGGAGCCAGUCGGUCCAAGAAAAUUCCAGUACCAACAUGGGGUUGGAGGCAAUUAUUAGGAAGGCCCUAAUGGGUAAAUAUGACGAGCAGUGGGACGAGCACUCUCCUCUCGGUGCCAAUGCUUUUAACCCUCUGAAUGCCAGUGCGAGCUUGCCUGCUGCUCUGCCCGUAACCGCUGCUGACGGACGGAUUGACGACAUGCGCCCCUUGCCAGGAGGAGGGAAGCCAAAGAUUGCUGCCAGAGCCAACAGUCGCAAGGCCAAGUCCCCAGGGCCGGGCCUGUCCUCCACAGAGAGGCCGCCGUCGGUCUCGUCGGUUCACUCCGAGGGAGACUGUAACAGGAGGACGCCGCUCACCAACCGUGUCUGGGAGGACAGGCCCUCAUCUGCAGGCUCGACGCCGUUUCCGUAUAACCCGCUAACGAUGAGGCUUCCGACCGGCAUAGUGACUGCCCCGCCUGCCUCCGUUCCGCAAGGCAGCUCCAACAGCCAACACCACGGGUGGGAGGAAGAACCCAAACCUCUGCUUGUCUCACAGUAUGAAACUCUAUCGGACAGCGAAUGAAAGGGAGAGACGGCGAGAUGGG